AUGCUGCCUGACCCUAACAAUGGAAGGGGACCAUCCGACGGGAUCAUCGUUGCUGACGGUGAUGGCGGUGGUGGCAGCGGAGUUCGUGGGGGGCGGGUAGAGGGCAACGGCGUGCCGGAAGGCGAGCGCUUGGCCGUAGGAGUCGCGGUGGAAGAGAGCGAGGGACUGAAGAAGCGUGACCAGCGAGGACUCGAUGCUGAGGAAGGCAGCACCGACGCCGAAGGUUCCACAUCGGUGUACGACCAGCAGCCGCACAAGCAGAAAGAGGAGGGGGAGGGGAAGGAGGGGGAGGAGGAUGAGGAGAAGAAGAAGGAGAAGGAGAAGGACGGGAAGGAGGAGGAGGAAGAAGAGGAGGCGGAGGCGGAGGAGGGGGACAAGGGCGAAGUGGGCGACGCGGGAGACAACAAAGUGGAGGGUAAGGGGUGGAAAGGACAAGAAAGGGAGGCCCCUCUCGCCAACGCACAGCCGCCGACCCCGGAGGCCAUCCAGGCGGUUCCCGGUGUCAUCGAGGCCGAACCUUCGGCAGACUCGGUAUCACCCCGGGCCGACGCCACCAGCACCACCACUAACAAGCGCGGCGGAGAGGAAGGGGUCCUCGCAGGCGAGACGGAAAGCCAAACCGGCUGGGGUGACGCGGAUCCCGCGGCAGCAGAUGGCGGUGGCGCGGACCCUGAACAGGGACGCGGGACGCCCGUGACGCGAGCGGAUCGUGACGAGGAAGGGGUGGAGAGAGGGACAAACCCAAAUGACGGAGGCGUAGGUGGGGGGGAGGGGGUGGCCGAUGAAGAGUCUCUGGUGCCCGGACCGAGCCAAGAGGUCGUCACCCGCGGUGGAGGCGGCGAAGGAAACGGACUUCCAGGAGACGCCAGGGAGGCGGUGCCUCCUGCUGCGGCCGCCAACGACAAUCGGUACCCGGACGGCGUCGACGACAAGCAGGCUGCACCUGGGCAUGAUGAACCGUCGGCCACAGAGCGCGCGGUCGUCCGAUUCCCGUCGAGAGAAAGAGAAGAGGAAGGAUGGUGGGGGGGGGGAGGGGAAGCUGUGCCGUGUCGGCUGGAGGGGAGGGUGGAGAACUGGAAGCCUCCGGCUAGCGCUGACCUCAAGUCUUCUUAUCGGUGGAACGACGAACAGAAGGCGAGCAUGGAAAGGAUUCGACGGUUCACCCGGGGUGGUACUGCGCUCCGUGAGUUAAUUCACGCGGAGGUGAUCCGCCUCGAUGUUCUUCGCCACGACCUCUUCUGCUGA